AUGGCCCCACCACCCACUCCCUCUUCUGGCUAUCUGCACACACCUGACUUAUACCAAGACACGUUUGUGACGCCGGACGACGUGACGCGAGAGAGAUCACCGAAAGGCACGUCGAACAGGAAGGACGAGGUCACAAAGCGAUCCAUCUUCUUUGGCUUUGAACUGCCGAUCAACACCGACCUGGGCGCCAUCGGCGCUGCAGUUGUAUUCGACAACAACGGCGAGGAAGGCCACUUCAGCCUUAUCCCUUGGCCAUCAGCGCCUGUCAGCGGCGCCAUUUGGGGUGCUCAAGAUCCUUUCAAGAAUCGCCACAUCUUCAUUCGCGAUCCCUCAGCACCACCCCCGACCCAUCCUGAGUAUUGGCCUCACAGGAUCGGCCUUGAUAAGUGCCACUUUCGCCUUCACAGCUGGAUGUGGCUGCGAGCCAGUGCCAUCCCAACCGACGAUUAUUAUGUCGACCUGGACCGCCCCGAUGCAGACAGCGCCCGCACCCUGCUGCGAGGAGCACGAACCCUACUUGCACACUCCAGCCUGCUGUCUGAUCCGCUUUGUGCAUUGGAGAGCCUCGACGCGUUGUGCUCGGCGCACUUCUCGGCACACGACGCAGACCCGCAUCACCUGGGUGUGCUGCACAAGGCGUUGAAGGAGAUACAAUCGAAGAUUGACGUGGUGCAGCCAGAUAUUUCCGCAGCAUUGGAUGUACUGGCUGACUUCUUGCCACACCUGCAACUGGUCGUGCUCGGCAUGACGGAGGAGACAAUGAAGUCGACUCCGCCCUGA